GCCGCGAUGGGCGGGAAGCGAUGUUGAUGCGUCUGCUCAACUAACGAUUUAAUGGCAUUUACUUCAGGAGUUAUCACCUAUUUGAUCUCGUCUAGUCAGUAGAUGAGCUCACCGUGUGUGUGAGAGUGUGCUUCGGUGUGUCCUCUCAGGUGGGAUUAUCCGGCUGGGAGACCGGUGUGUAGUCAGAAUGAGAGGAGCGUGGAUAAAACGGCUGUUGUUCUUAGUGGGAGCUAUGGGGGUCAUGCUGUACUUUGGCAUCUUUCUGAAGAAUGGACACCAACAUAGCGUGGAGACUGAUAAAGAGAUGGACACACCGCGUAUGAAGACCUCGUCCGACCUGGAGGAAAGCAUCAGCGAUCUAAACAAAGUACUCAGAAGUUUUGAGAAAAAGCAGGAUAUCAUGCAGAAAAUAUUGGUAGAGGACAAAGAAAACCAAAGAAAAUCAGCAGAGGUCCAGCAGCCAGCAGGCCAAAAGCAAUCAGAGAAGCAGAACAAAGACAAUGAAAAUAUCCAACCACAAAAUGAAGCACCUCAGAUGGGAAAAUCUGAACAACUGUUCCCUAACUCGGCCUUGUUCAAGGAGUGGGGAGCAAAUCUCUCUGAGGAUGACCAAAGAGAGGCUCAGAGCCUGUAUGAGAAGUAUGGGUACAAUGUUUUUCUGAGCGACCGCCUCCCUCUGGAUCGACCUCUCCCAGAUACCAGAGAUCCUCGGUGUUUGAAAAAGAGUUACCCCAAGGACCUGCCAAAUCUCAGUGUGGUGCUCAUCUACCUGGAUGAAGCCCUGUCUGUUCUCCAAAGAGCCCUGCGCAGCAUCAUCGACCGCACUCCUAAAAACCUGCUGAAGGAGAUAAUAAUGGUGGAUGACAAUAGUUCUAAUGAAAAUCUGAAGGGUGACCUUGACAUGUAUGUGAAGUUGCUUGAGCAGGAGAACCCUAAUCUCCGUAUUGUGAGAGUGAGGCACAGCGAGCAGAGAGGUCUCGCUUCGGCCAGAGUAUCCGGGUGGAGGGCUGCUACUGCUGACGUGGUGGCCAUCCUGGAUGCACACAUCGAAGUCCAUGAGAUGUGGGCUGAACCUCUGCUGACACAGAUUAAAGCUGACAGAACUGUGGUGGUUUCCCCGGUGUUUGAUAGAGUCAACUUCAAUGAUCUCAAGGUUACUACAUAUCAUCCAAAUGCACAUGCCUUCGACUGGGCUCUGUGGUGCAUGUAUGAGAGUUUUACACCUGAGUAUUACAAACUUAAUGACGGUUCACUGCCUGGCAAGAGUCCAUCUGUCAUGGGGAUCAUGGUUGCUGAUAGAAAGUUUCUGGGGGAAAUUGGAGUCCUUGAUGAAGGAAUGAAAGUGUAUGGUGGAGAAAAUGUUGAGCUGGGAAUUCGUGUAUGGACAUGUGGAGGCAGCAUUGAAGUUGUUCCAUGUUCCAAGAUCGCCCACAUCGAGAGGGCCCACAAGCCCUACAUGCCUGACCUGAGUUCUGCCAUGAAGAGAAAUGCCCUCAGAGUUGCAGAGAUCUGGAUGGAUGAAUACAAGCACAAUGUUAACUUGGCUUGGAACAUCCCAUUUGAGAAUCAUGGAAUUGACAUAGGCGACAUUUCAGAGAGGAAGAAACUCAGAGAAAGGCUGAACUGUAAACCUUUCAAAUGGUACCUGGAUAAUGUGUAUCCAAAGCUGGACCCCUGGGACGACCUACUCGCAUAUGGAGGAAUGAAAAACCUUGAUGCUGACAUGUGCAUAGACCAAGGUCCAGUACCAGGUCACACACCGAUUGCCUACAAUUGCUACUACUACGGACCUCAGUUCACAUAUUAUCGUGGAACGGGUGAGCUCUACAUUGGUGGCAUCAAGUCACAUAAGUACAAUGACAACCGAUGUUUAGCUGACACAGGCACCAAAGAAACUGAGCCUGGCCUGUACAACUGUAAAGAGGCUAUGCAGAAAGGAAUGGGGAUAUACUGGGACUUCACUCAGGGAAAAGAACUGAAGAACAGACAAACAAAGAGAUGCCUGGAAAUUAUAAACAAGAAGCUUCUAAUACAGGAAUGUACAGGUCAAAGAUGGACAAUUCAACACAUAAUCAAACCCUUUUAAAGUGUGUUUGAGCUCUGCUCAUAGGGCCGUGGAUAAGUUACACCUGGGUGCUCUAUUGAGGACAUUUACACAUGUACUUUUUGUUCCAAUAUUUUUAAUGUAAGUAAGUAAGUAAAAUUUUAUUUAUAUAGCACCUUUCAAGAUAAAAAUCACAAAGUGCUUUACAGAGGCAGAAAACAGACAUUAAAAUCCAAAACAAAACAAAAUUAACCAAAAGCGAGUUUAAACAGAUACGUUUUUAACUGCUUUUUAAAAGACAUGACUGAGUCCACAGUCCACAAAGGGAGCGAGUUCCAGAGUCUGGGAGCCACUGAUACAAACGCUCUGUCACCUUUUGUUUUUAACCUUGUAUGCGGGACAACCAGCAACCCCUGAUCACAAGACCUCGGGGACCUGCUGGGGUGAUAAGAAAGAAGAAGAUCACUUAAGUAAGUUGGAGCUACACUGUGCAGGGCCCUAUAAGUCAUGAUUAUGAUCUUAAAUUGGACCCUGAACUUGACAGGGAGCCAAUGCAGCUGAAUCAGGAGGGGAGUGGCAUGGGAGUGUUUGUGAUGCUUUGUCAGAAGCCUAGCAGCAGCGUUCUGAACGCCCCGCAGUCGUUCCAGGGAGGCAUUACUUAAGCAAGUAAACAAGGAAUUACAAUAGUCUAAGUGGGAUGAAACAAAAGCAUGAAUAAUCAUUUCCAAUUCGGAACGUGACACAAUAGGGCUCAGCUUAGCGAUAUUUCUUAAAUGGUAAAAACAAGAGCGAACCAAAGAUUUAACGUGUGUGUCCAGCGUCAGAGCUGAAUCAAAUGUAACACCAAGGUUCCUAAUGGAUGAUUUAAUAUAAGAAGCAAGAGGGCCUAGAUUUUUAACCACGAGGGUGUGUGUUUAUUAAAGUUUGUUAAGGGCAAGAUAUUUGAAUAAAUACACUAAAUUUUAAAUAAGGUUUUGUAUCAGAGAUUUUCAGUCUACAGUAGCACAACAAACUUUGAGUCUUUCUCAACAUUUGAAACAAAGUUACACAAUUGUGAAAUCCUGGUAGGGUGUUGCCAGGUAUCUAUGCCUGUACAAGAGUUGACAUGAAUUGCACUGCAUUUGUCUACAACACACUGUACAGCAAAUCCAUCUUCAUAUAUUCUGUCCCAGUAAAACUCAUGCUUGGAAAUUGCGGUUUUAAAAUGUUGCUUUACUUAUUAAGUUUCAGCUACAUUUGGGACCAUAAAAUAAUAUUUUUUAAUUAUUUGAUUUAAUUACACAUUUGCUCUGUCUGUUACAAGUUUGAAGGAGUUUGGUUUCCAGUAUUUAAACAGGUAUUACCAUUGCAACAUUUAUCAUUUACAGUCGCUCUUUUGUUCUAGUGGGUUGCUAAAAGAUUUUCAAAUGUAUUUUUUAUGUCUGUUAUGUUAUGAAUAACAAAUAAAUUAACGACCA